AUUUUUGUUUGUGUGCAGUUAAGCCACUGAGUUUGAAUCCUUUAAUUAGUUUAAAAGAAGUCAAACACUGCUGCCUCCUCUCCUUAUAAAGAAGACUACUAUUUCUCUUCAAAUAUUGCUAAAUUUUGGAAUUCAGACAAAGAGAUCUAGCUAGAAAAAAUAAAGGAGAUAAUAAGAAGAUAAGGUCCAUAUGGAGGCUGCUUUGAGAAAUUCUAUUCACGUCAAAGAGGAAAACAAGAACAAAGCUGAAUCUUGUCCUGAUCGUGAAGAUUGUGCAGAAAAUAUUUUCCUUAAGGUUGGGAAGGGAAGAAAAGAGCGUGAGGAUGAUAAGUCAAAGUCAUCCUCUCCUCAGCAGAAGGAUUUCACCCUUGAUAAUGAGGGAGCUGCUGUCAUGGUAAAGAGAGAAAGAUCGCCACCAGAACUCAACUCAAUGGCAUCUUCAUCCACUCAGAAAGAACAGAAUGAUCAGCUUGCAUCAGCCAAAGUUGAAAUGCGAGAGGUAAUGGAAGAAAAUCAGAGGCUGCGAACGCACUUAGAUCGAAUCAUGAAGGAUUAUCGAAACCUUCAGAUGCAAUUCCAUGAUAUUGCCCAAAAGGAAGUUGAAAAAUCCAGCAGUACUGUGAAUACUACACAUCAUGAAUCUGAUGAAGAAGCCGAUCAACUUGUUUCCCUUAGCUUAGGAAGGACAUCGAGCGAUAUGAAAAAGGAAGAGUUGUCUAAAAUCUUUAGCAAAGAUAAGGCUCAUUAUAAUGAGGAAGAAGAACAUAAAGCUGGUGGAUUAACACUAGGAUUGGAUUGCAAGUUUGAAAUGUCUGCUAAAACAACUCCUACGACAGAAUCUUCACCGGUUAUUCUCAGUCCAGAGAAUAGCUUAGAAGAAACUAAGGAAGAAAAUGGAGAGACGUGGCCUCCAAACAAAAUUCUCAAGACAAUGAGAAAUGGAGAUGAUGAUGUUUCUCAACAAAACCCUACUAAAAGAGCUAGGGUUUCUGUUAGAGUCAGAUGUGAUGCCCCUACGAUGAAUGAUGGAUGCCAAUGGAGAAAAUAUGGUCAAAAAAUUGCAAAAGGAAAUCCAUGCCCUCGAGCUUACUAUCGUUGCACAGUAGCACAAUCCUGCCCAGUUAGAAAGCAGGUUCAAAGAUGUGCUGAGGACAUGUCAAUAUUGAUCACCACUUAUGAAGGAACACACAACCACCCUCUUCCUCUUGCAGCCACAGCAAUGGCUUCCACCACCGCAGCAGCCGCUUCCAUGCUCUUAUCCGGUUCGUCCAGCUCAUCAGACCCAAGUCCACAAGUAACCGCCGCCGCCGCCGCCACCACCACCUCAGCCAAUCUCAACGGACUCAACUUCUAUCUCUCUGAUACCUCAAAAUCAAAGCCACCAUUUUACUUCCCAAAUUCAACCUUCUCAUCAUCAUCUGCACCUAAUUCCCUCCCUACAAUAACUCUUGAUUUGACUUCCACCUCAUCCUCCUCUUCCCUUUCUCAUCUUACCAGAAUGGGUAGUACUAGUACUUUCCCCCCAGCUAGAUAUAAUAAUAAUAAUAAUUCGUCCGCAAACGUCCUCAACUUUAGUUCAUUGGAAUCCAAUCCACUUCCCAUUUCUUGGAGUAAUGGAGUGCUUAAUUAUGCAAAUCAAGCCUAUAACAAGAACCAAAAUAUUGCUUCUCUUGCCUUCUCAUCAAGACCAACUCAAGAAAAUCUUUUCCAAUCUUAUUUACAAAGAAAUAUUAAUACGCAAUCUUCUUUACCACCAGAUGCAAUUUCAGCUGCAACAAAAGCAAUAACAUCAGACCCAAAUUUCCACUCUGCAUUAGCUGCUGCUCUUACGUCAAUCAUUGGAAAUACUGGCAUUGGCCACAAUAAUCUGAAUCAUGUUACUGAGCCAUUUCCAGUGUUAUCCAGUCUCCCGUCAAGCUCAAAUCCAAAUAAUAAGUGUUCUUCAACUUUUCUGAAUAAACCAACUUCUUCUUCCGCAAAUACGCAGUCUGCAAAUAAUAACUUGGUGUUUUUCACGCAACCUAAUUCUUCAUUGCCAUUUUCAGCACCCAAGGGUAAAUCUACCUCUCCUAGUGAUAAUAAGUUUGAUUAAAUUUUCAUGCUUGGCUUCGUUGGAUUUUUGCUGGCUGAAGCAAGGAAUUAGCUAGUUAAUUAGCAGCAUUAAUCAUCUGUUGAGUACUUUUUUUUGUGAUGAUUUGGACGUAAAUAAUCCAGAUAGAGUUUGUAGAUAUAUUUAUUAGUUUCAUAAGUCCAAUUGACUCUUUGAAAGCUGAAGUGAUCACUACUUUAUUUAGCACUUCAUUUUGUUGCUAACUUGAAUAUGGUUGUAAAUAAGAUUUUUGUACAAAUGUCAAAUGUAUAUCUCUUUUAGUACAUGGAUUUGGGUUGCAUG